CGACAAUGAGCCUCCAUAAAAGGGAGCGGCGGGGGGCUGGGGCCCCGGAUUGAGCCCUCCCCCCCCCCACCCCGGGGUCCCGACGGUGUAGGUCUCGGGGAGGCCCAGACGCGCCCGUCCGCAGGCCGGGCCGGCGAGCGGCGGGCGGCGGGGAGGGGGCUGCACGGGGCGCGAAGUGGCAGCCGCCCUCGGCGCCCAGGCCUGCGCGCCCGUCCUCGGCGUCCGGUCACCAAGAUCCCACCCCGCCCCACCCCCCCGGCCGCGCCAUGGCCCUGAAGGCUGAGGGCGCCGCGCUCGACUGCUUCGAGGUGACGCUCAAAUGCGAGGAAGGGGAGGAUGACGAGGAGGCCAUGGUGGUGGCCGUAAUUCCGCGGCCCGAGCCGAUGCUCAGAGUGGCCCAGCAGGAAAAGACCCCACCGCCCAGGCCCAGCCUGCUGGAGGCGGGCAGUGAUGGCUCUGAGGAGCCCAAGCAGCAGGUGUCUUGGGAGCAGGAGUUUCUGGUGGGGAGCAGCCCGGGAGGCAGCGGGCGGGCGCUGUGCAUGGUCUGUGGGGCCGAGAUCCAGGCCCCCUCAGCAGACACGGCGCGCGCCCACAUCCUGGAGCAGCAUCCUCACACCCUGGACCUGAGCCCUUCCGAGAAGAGCAACAUCCUAGAGGCCUGGAGCGAGGGGGCGGCCCUUGUGCAAGACUUUCGAGCGGAGCAGACGUCCCCACACCACUCAGACUCAGGCCAGGACUCCGACCCAGACCCUGCCAGGAUGCCAGCAGAGAUCGUCGUUCUCCUCGACUCCGAGGACAACCCAUCCCUCCCGAGGAGGACCCGGCCCAGGGGACUUCGCCCUCUGGAACUUCCCGUGACCCCUGUCCCAGAGCCAGUAAGUAAGAAGCCCCGUGGUCAGAGAUGCAAGGAGCCCUCUGGGGAAGAGCCGGUCAGGAAGAAAAGAGGCAGGCCUAUGACCAAAACCCUGGACCUAGACCCAGACCCUGACCCAGACCCCCCCUCGCCAGACUCGCCCACGGAGACCUUCGCUGCUCCCGCUGAGGUCCGGCACUUCACGGAUGGCAGCUUCCCGGCCGGCUUCGCCCUCCAGCUCUUCUCCCACACCCAGCUCAGGGCCUCAGACCGCAGAGACUUGCCCAAAGAGGGGAGAGGGGCCGAAGGAGGCCUCCUCCAGCCGGAAAGCCCCUCCCCAGGCCAGGCCCUGCUCGCAGCAUCUCGGGUGCAGAAAGUGGUUCUUGAAGGAGUGAAUGUGGCACACACAGUACCUCAUCCCGGCCUGCCCGAAGCGGGCAUGUGGAGUUGGAGCCCUGAGAAAGAUGGCACAACGGGUGUGGGAGGCUCCCCGGAGCAGGGCUCCCAAAAGGGAGGUGUGCCUUUUGCAUAAAGAGAAAGCUUCACUUCCCUUCAGCCCACGUCACUCACUGACCACUGUCAGAAAUUUGGCUUAUAUCCGUCCAACCUCUCACAAAGCUCUGUGUGCAAGUAGGUGCCCAUAUACUCCUGUGUAUUUAUUUUUUACCCAAAGGGGCUCUGCUUUUUCCAGUCUGAAGGCCGGCCUCACCCGUGUGAGGUUUUAACUGUCUCAGGUUUCAGCUUGAGUCACCUUGCAGUCCUGCCUCCCCAGGACUGCACUGUGCCUAGACUUACGUGUUUCCUGGUCCCCCUCGUAUCAUCAGCGGACCCCUGCUGUACAUAGCUGACCUUUCCCACUGGCUGGUGGGUCUUCUGGUUUCAUUCUAGAAGGCGGGGGCUUCAUUUCGAGCCUUGGGGUACCCUGUGCCCAAACUCCACCUGUCUGGAGUGACCAGUAGCUGAGAAGAGCAUCCUUGAGGUCUCAGGUUCGUUUGGGGUGAGUGGGCAGAGCCUGAGACUUCGGGGUUCAGCUGUCCGAAUGAUUUGAAAGGGAGGGAGGCGCUGCGCCAUGUUCUGGCAGCGGCAGGGACCUGUAGAGGUUCCAGACAGUCCAGAAAGCGCAGGAGAUGGCGAGAGACACAGCGGUACGUGUGCUUGCAGCCUGACCCAGGAAGCCCUGAGAAAUGACCCAAGUGGCCCAGCUUUGGCCCCAGGAAACGCCCAGUCUUCUGAGGGGCCCACGCCAGCACAUACAGACGAGUAGGAUGCCCACGGUGGUUCUGAGCACGGCACGGGCUCCAGACUAGUGACCACAGACCGGUUCUGGGUUUUAAGGACCCAAAGCUCAGAUUUCUCAGAAACCUGUGAGGCUUCAACCAGAAUGUUCUACUUUGAGUUGUUUAAUUUUUUUGAAGUUCUCCAAAGGUCUUGGUGGACUAGAGAUCCUACCAUUUUAAAAAAGAAAAUUAAAAAUCAAGGAUUUAGAAGUUGGGAAUCGGCAGGAAGUCACUGUGGUCAGCUGAGCUGGUGGCCAUGUGUGUAAAGCCGUCAGGGGAGGCUUGCUGGACGUUCUGGGGCCUUGGAGGAGGAGGGCGUCCAGGCCAGGAGAGGCGGUGAGCCCUGAGGGCCCACUGGCAAGUAAUGGAGAAAAGCCUUCCUGGUGUUUAAUUAGAAUAAGACCUGGAGACCUGGCUUAGAAUACCUCGGCUAGACCAGUAUGUUCCCAACUGGACCAAGGAGAAGAAUGUGUGUGUGUGUGUGUGAGAGAGAGACUGGACCAAGAAGACGGGGA